AUGGCAGAGCUGAAUAGCAACGAAGAAGCACAUGUAUUGCCGUCCAAGCGAAAGCAAACUGCCACAGACGCAGAUGUCGAGUCCACAAAGAAGCACCAAGUAGAGAGUUGUGCCGUUAAAGACGCCUCCGCUGCCGCCGAAGAGAAAGUUAUCAACGAAAAUGGAGAGGAAGAGGAAGAGGAAGAGGAAGACUAUGACGGAGAAGACGAUGUCGAUUCGGAAGACGAAGAAGAUGAUGACGACGAAGACGAAGUUGAACAUUCCAACGGUGGAGCUGAAAUUGAUCGGAAGGGGAAAGGGAUAAUGAAGGAUGAUAAGGGUAAAGGAAAGCUGAUCGAAGAGUCCGAAGAAGACGACUCUUCCGAUGAUGACGGCGCGAGUGAAUCAGACGGUGAUGAUGAUGAUCUCUCUGAUGAUCCGUUGGCGGAGGUCGAUUUGGAUAACAUUCUUCCUUCAAGGACACGGCGUCGUACGGCUCCUCCGGGGUUGCGCAUUUCUAAUGAUAAGUUCACCAACGAUAAGGACAACGAUGCCUAA